UUUGUUUUGUCAUCUGUUGAAAGGCACUUCCGCCGGCAAUUUUCGCAAAAAUAAAGAGAAUUUUCUGACACUUUUUAUUGCAAAAUUACGAAUAUGUGACAUCUACAGAGCCUGGUUGCAGGUCUGACGGCAUCACAGUCUGUCAUUGUGUGACACUGACAGACUGGUCUGCUGGUGUGGAAGAUUUGUUUCAGACUGGUUCACUGACUUUUUAAAGACUUGUUCAGUGAUCUGGAUGAAUUUACAGAUUGGUUUACAGAAUGAAAUUGUAGCAGUCUGCAGAAUAGGGAGGGAUGUUUGAUAUUGACACAGGGUUUUGGUUACUUUGUGAAUACACCAGCAUUGUGCCAGCAUCUGACUUCAGGGAUUAUGGUGGAAAGUGUGUUUGUGUUUGGGUGUUUUUUUCCUGACGGUUUUCUGAUAUUAGUUGAUUUCUGGCGGUAGCUCAGGAUUUGCGGAAUUUUAACCAACAGAAUAGAGGAAGAGAAUGGCAAAUCUUGUUGUCACACCUCAAGUGGCCAAUAAUGGGACAAACUUUGAACAACAGCACGUUCAGCACGUGUACGAGGAGAUAGCCGCCAGUAUGAAUGAUAUUCAACAUAAAGCAUGGCCAAAUGUUAAAAGAUUCUUAAAAAAAUUCCCGCCUGGGGCUUUGGUGGCAGAUAUUGGUUGCGGUAAUGGUAGAUAUUUGAAUAUCAACAAAUCUACGUAUAAAGUGGGAGUGGAUGUAUGUUCCGGGCUUGUGGACAAUGCCAGAACUAAAGGUUAUGAAGUGGCCUAUGCAGACAAUCUAAACCUGCCAUUUAGAGACGGGGCAUUUGACGGUGUGGUUUCAAUUGGUGUAAUACAUCAUUUCUGUUCAGUUGAGAGACGUAUAAAAGCGCUCAGAGAGUUGGCACGUAUUUUACAACCUGGUGGCAAACUGAUGCUCUAUGUAUGGGCCUUUGAGCAGAAACGUAGAAAGUUUGAUAGUCAGGAUGUGUUGAUACCCUGGAGGGGAAGCAGUAAAACAAGACCAUCACGCACUGGUUCCUCCUCAUCAUUUGGAAUGUCUAGUACCAGCUCAGUCAGUGAAGAUGAAACAGCAGUCCAGUCCAGUGACACCAGAGAACAGUCGAAUGGUGAAAGUUCCCACCAAAAAUUACGACGUCAGAGUUCACUUAGUGCAGAUGAUGUCACAGCAUUACUAGAGCUCAAUGAAUUUAAACCCAAUUACUAUUCGCUAGACUUCAGCGGCAGUCCGAAACAUUUAAAAAAAGAGGAUAAAGAUAUGGAAGCAAACUUUGUUUGGAACAAAAAGUCUUUAAGAAAAUGCCAUAGCUCAGCGAAGUCAGAUAAACUGAUACGUGAGUGCAGGAAGUUAGAGGCUUCCCUAAGAGCAAUGUCAUCUGGAAGCUUAGAUGCUUUGGAAGCUAAAUGCAGGGACGAAAGAUUUGGACUGGAAAGUAACAGUUUUGACAGUUAUAAUAAAAUUGAUGAAGAAAAUAGUGUGAACGGCACUAUAGACAACCUUUGCUCAAGUGAAACAGAAGUUAUGAAUGGCAUUGUAGAUGAAAAAGCAUUGGGCGUUACACUAGACUGGAAUGUAGGAGAUCUUGAAACGGAUGAUUUCGAAGCAGAAAUUCCGAAUCCUUGUGCGAUAUAUGAAACAGAUUUUAAAUGUGGUGGUGAAAGAAUUGAAAGUGAAAGAAUGGAAAAAGGUAGGGAAAAAAGAAACUGUGAUAGCGCAAGUGGCAGGAAACAUUUACGUUGCAAAGACGACAGCAAACUGCCAAAGCAUUCAAAUAGGACAUAUCAUCCUAAAAUCAAUCCUUUUAUGAAACAAGACUCACUAGACCCAUACACAUUCAAUAAUGUCAUACGUAGAGCUAGUCAGGUUAAAGAUAAUAUGGUAGCUGACUUUGAUGUGAUGAACGACAUACAUGAUGUGAUUGAAGAAGUGCAUGUCGAAUUUAAAUUGCCAACCCAAACUAAAGGUGCUAAAAAAUCUGAAAGAUCUUUCUUUAAUGCAGUAAAAUCAAAACUGUUGGAAAUAUUCGAUGACAAGAGUGACAGUAAAGAUAAAAUUGAAAAGAAUGGACGGAAACAAAACGUAAAUUUGGUCACAAAUCAUGUGAAAAGUCCUACUAGUCCAUUAUCUAAGGAACAGCUUGACCUUGCCUCAAGGUUAAACUUCAAGGUCAGGGAGUUUCCAUUAAGUAGUUGUCCGGAUGUGGUGCAUGAGGAGAAAAUUUCGCCUCGUGGAAAUAUUUUGUCAGACAGCGGAAUUGAUCUUGAUAAUGAUAAUUUAACAUCAACAAGUGGAGCCAGGAACCACAUGAAGGAAAACUGGGCAAAUGAGACACAACUACUGGGAACCAGACAUACAGUGUCUUUGGAGGGAAAAUUGUUUACUGAUACAUGCAACGAAAUUUCUUACAAUAGAUGCCAUAGUGAAAGUGCACUUCUUAACGGGAUAUAUGAUGGUUACAUAAAAAUUGAUGUAGGCAAAUUAUGCGAGAACGGGGACAUAGGUUUGACAGAUUUUCAUGGUAGUGCCUUACGUUACAGUGAAUCAAAUCAUGAACACAUUGUCGGAAUGAAUGGUCAGGAUUUUGAGGCUGACAGUCGCAGUUUGCCAGAGAAUUGUGUAAAUGGUUUACAGGAAAGAUUGUCUGAAAAGUGCAAAAUGGGUGAGAUAAGGUUUGACAAGAGUGUAAAUUCUAGUCAGGAUAGGUUGAUUGGAGGGAACCGUAAAGAUUUAGUAGAGAAUGGUUUGUUAGAAAAAGACUCAAAUCUUUCCGGGCAAACUUGUAGAAGCGGGAAAUCCAACAGCAAAGCUCAUUGUGUUGGACAAAGAUCGAGAAAUGAAAGUGAGGCGAAAGAAGAUGAUGCCGUGUUUGAAUUAGAGGGUGAUGAAGAAAUGUCAAACAAACUGUGUAGAUAUUAUCAUGUAUUUCGGAAAGGUGAAAUCGAGGCAUUGAUCUCAAAGUAUAUACCAGAUUUACAUAUCGUUCAAUGUUUUUAUGACCAUGCAAAUUGGUGCAUUAUCACAGAGAAAAUCUAGGGCAUUCACAAGAAAUCGGAGUUUAUUUUAAAAUCAAUGACUUAAUUCAGGUUCCAUUUUGUUUUUAUUUAUUUUAGAAAAUGCUUAUGUGCAAGUGUGGAAAAGGUUUUUCAUUUUUAUUUUUUUAUUAAAUAUACUUAUUUUUUUCCAAAAUUUUCUGUGAUGUAAAAUAAUCAGGUAUAUGUUGAUUAAAGAAUGAAGUUUGAAAAUAACAAACUUUAUUUGGGGAAAAGAUGUAUCUUGAUAUAUUUGGCCAUCCAAUCAGUUUUACACUUUAGUUUUUUCCCUAUCGUUAUAUAUUAAGUAUAUCAGCAUUGAAAUUUUAAUGGCAGUUUAAUGGCCUGAGAUUUAAACUUAAUUGUUUUUUUCCCUCAAUGCCAAUGUAUACUUUUAAGCUUUUGAAUAUGUAAUAACUGAAACUUCAGUGUUUUUUGGAGUCCAUGGCAGAUUGUUCUCACCAUCAUCUGUAGGAUCGAAUCUUGCCAUGGACUUUCAAUUCAGUCAUGUAAUAAAUCUGACUAACAGAAAAAUGAUUUUCAGAUACCCCCACCCUUACCUUAUGCAAGAAUUGACUCCUGAGGUUUCUCAUCAUCAGUAAAGCUGGAAAAUUACAAUUAUGACCUGAACAGUGUGAUGAAAUAAAGGAAACUUUUUAUGUUAAAAAUAAAAAUCUUAUCCUAAUGAAUGUAAAUGAUGACCUUCUUUUCCUCAUACCACCUAACUGCUUGAUUAUCCAUGCCAAAACAAAAUAUUGGAACAAUCACAAUUUUGUUCAAUACCACAAAUUGUUCAGAUACCACCUACUCAGUAUUUAUUAAAUAGUUGAAUUAUAGCCAAUAAAUUGAUCUAUGGACACUGUUUUAAUCAGUGUCAAUUUUUGAUCAUGUUUUUGAUCUUUUACCAUGCCUACACAAACUGAUUUGUUUUUUUAAAGUAAUGGUGUCAUAUUUUGGCCAAGGCGGAUAUGAUACUUUGAAAACCUAACAAACUUUCAACUUUGCAAAAAAAAUUGUACUUUGCAAAACUCUGUCUCCAUACAUAGAAACAGGUUAGGUGACGAUAAUACAUAAAAUUAUAUCAACUGUUUCUACACUAAAUAUUUUGAAUGGACUUGUCCAUCUUUCAAUAUGGACUAAACCAUUAAUCAUUUUUAGGGAAAAUUAAAAAUUUAUGUAUGGACUGAAUAGUAAACAGGGCAGACCAUGGUCAGAUGUGCGAGGUGAUUUUUGGUCUGCACUGAAGGCAUUGGUAGAAUCUGUUGGUCACCAGUAGGCUAUAAAUGUUAAUUGAUACUGUAAAAUGGAAAUAACUAUAGAACUAUUAGGAGAUAGGUUGUCAAACUCUAAUUUAGGGCUAGAUGAUCUAUUUUUACAUAACACCUCAUUUUAGCAUAACCAGGUGAUAACUAGUGUAAAGCUGCACACAUUUUCGUCUGGAAGUGGAAACGCUAUUACAUGCUAGGAAAGAAUCUAUCACAACAAAUGGUAAAUUCCACAAUUUUGGUCUAAAUUUGGAAGCUAGGAGUUUUUUAUGGUAACAAAACCGUCUAUGGAAAGAAGUGAAAAUUGGUUCUGAGUUCAACUUUGAUUUAUUGGAUAUAAUUUUUGUCAUGGUAAGGGGUAAUGAGAAAUUUAAGGAUUUUUUGAAGGAAUCACAGAACAUUAUAGAUGAACAUUGUUUAACAUUAGAAAUUUUUAGCUUUAACAUGAUUGUCCUUAUGGCAGUUAAUAUUAAUGGAAGCAAUUUCUUUGUUUG